CACUUUUGAUCUUCAUCUGAGAAUUCAAAUCGCGAUAGCUGAAUAUAAAAGCUUAGCGCGACCCGUAUUUAUAUCUCCCUCCUACGAAUUUCAACAACUUUCUUUACCACGCCGCCAUCAAUGCCCCGCACUUACGGGAAACCGAAGCAGACGCGACUUUCCUUUACUCCAGCUGCGCCUCCAUUUCAAGAUCUCCAACACAGCCCAGGUGAUAAAUCGGAUCGCCGGGCCUUUGUACGAUAUGCGCAUCCAUAUAUGCCUACAGUGCGCCAUGAGCGAUCGCAAGUAGGUAAUCACAAAGGACUAAAGCAAGAAUCGCCCGCUCCGCCUGCAGCAGACGCAAAGUCCGACGAGGAAUCGCUUCCAAAACCCGGCAAAUCCCCCAAGAGAAAGUCUGGUCGCAAGAAAGGGCAGUCGACACAGCGAUCGAGUUCUAACGAGGCCGUCGCCGUCGAUAACGAUCGUGAUAGCGACCUGGAAAUCCUCUCCAGCACAAAGAAAAACAUGGGAAAGCGAUCGCUGAAACGGAAGAGAUCUGCACCUUCAGAAGACAUAGAAGAACCUACUUCUCGAAAUUCGCCCAAACCCCGCACUUCAGAAGAGGACGAUGAUGAUGAUGAUGAUGAUGAUGAUGAUGCGGAGGACAUAGUGGCGCGGCCUCGCCGAAAACUACGAAGAAGAGGACAGGCCCCUCAGCCAACAAUUGUCCUUGAUGAUUCUGAAGAGUCGGAGGAAGAUCCGGUGGCCUCGUCUUCCGCCAAAAACCGGAGGCGCAACGUUGGCUCCGAGGUACCUCAAACACCGCGCCGAGGCUCGAACCAGGAUAAGCUGGACCUAGAAGAGGAUCUUGAAGACCUUCAGGAUUCAGUCGUGAAGGAAACGCGGACUCGCGGUCGAUUUGCCAAUUCAGCUAGGGCCCAAAGGCAACAGCAUCUUGAAGCUCUACGUCGCCGACGAGCUGGCGAGAAGGCUGCAGAUGAUACUAAAUCCGAGUCCGAGGAGUCCCAGUCUGAGUCUGAGUCCGAGGAAAGCGAGGGCGAAAGCGAAACCAACGUCAGACAACCCCAAUUUCAUAAUCAAACGGAAAACAGCGACGUCGAAUCUGCAAUCGCGAGCAACGAAGAUCUAGAUCGUUACGACGAGGACUUCGUAUCGGAUGAUGGCGUCGGGGAACUGGGAGUGCCAACCGGUCUCGAAGAUAUGCCAUUCGAAUUCACUCGACAUGCAUACAAGCAGACCAAAGAUUACUUCCAGGACGCAGUCGAGUGGAUGGUGCACAACCAACUCAACCCAGCAUUCUCUCGUUCUAGUCCUCAAUAUAAAAUGGCAUUUAUCAAACUGGAAGAUGAAGUCAAGGGACGAACAGGCUCUCAGCUAGUCUCUUCAGCAUGGAACAGCAAAUUUCACAGAGCACUCCUGGCAAGACCACACAUCGAAGUCACCGCAUUCCCCACAUCCCACGAGCACCCUUGCGAUGCUUGCAAUAGAUCGGGCCACCCCGCCUCUUCCGAUAUCAAGUUAUACGGGAAAGCCUAUUCUCUCGAGACUCUCGAGCCGCUGGCGGAGGAAGACAGCGUCGAUGAGGAAUCUGAAUCUUCAGUGGAGCGAGAUAGAGAUGGCAACCCCUUGCCUGACGAAGACAUCAGGUUCUACUUGGGAAGGCACUGCAAAAACAAGGCCACGAUGGCCCAUACUCUGACUCACUGGCGCGUCCACCUCAACGAAUGGGUCGUUGACUAUCUCGAUCGCAUGAAGUAUCUAGAAGACGAGAGAAUUCUUGAACGCAGUCACUGGAGCCAGAAGCGCAAAGCCAAGUAUGCUUUUGAAGUUGUAGGCACAAUGGUCGAGACCGGCGAGGUCCAGAGGCUUUGGCGCGACUUCCAUAUCAAUUUGAAAGCAGCGCGCGAACAGACGACACGUCGUUGGUAGACUCAUGAUUUGCAUAUACCCUUUUUUUUCAUCCCAUGUCAAGUUUACUUGCCUGAAAAUAUCCUCGUGGUUGGUCAAGAUCUAUCGUUCUGUUGUUUUUAUUCUAAUUCUGCAUCUUUUACGACCCAUUCGGCUUGCGUUACGUCUUGAUACCCUUGCAUUCUGUGCUUUUCAUACCCCCUUUGCCGCAAUUUGAGACUGCGAUGUAUCUAAAGAGCUGGAAGCAGUAGCAGUCAGAAAUGGCUCCAGUCAAAUCCUUGCAUGAGCUUCUACAACGAGAAAUGAUAGCUGGUGAUACGCAACUAGAG